AUGAUGUUGCAUUUUCAGGGUGUGUCAAGACAUUGUAGUCUCCUUGCUGUUCUUGGUAGUAAAUCACAUGACAGUAAACAAAAGCAGCAGCAGGAUACUGUUUCCGAGGAUCGAUUUUCGUCGUAUCCCUUUCCGGAGCUUUCUUCGUCCGGGCGGCUCGAGGUUAGAGUAUUGAGAAAACCUAGUUUCGAUGAACUCACUCGGGUUUUAGAGCAACUGCAACCGGAUUUUGUUUACCUGCAAGGUCAGCAGGUGGAUGAUAAAGGAGAAAUUGGGUCUAUUGUGUGGGAUGAUUUUGACCUUUCUUCCCCGGAAGCGUUGUGUGGAUUAUUUUCUUCCAAAUUACCUAAUACUGUUUAUUUGGAAACUCCGAAGGGCGAAAGGUUGGCAGAAGCACUACAUUCCAAGGGAGUUCCUUACACUAUAUACUGGAAAAAUGAAUUUUCAAACUAUGCAGCUUCACAUUUUCAACAAGCUUUUUUCUCAGUGGCGCAGAGUACAUCCAGCCAUACAUGGGAUGCUUUCCAACUUGCUCAGGCAUCUUUUAGACUAUACUGUGAGCAAAACAAUAUCGUGCCCCACAACAGUCGGAAGGGCAGUGGUAAGCUUGGGCCACAAGUUCUUGGGGAACCUCCUAUCAUUGAAGUUAGUCCAUGUGAAGUAGACACGAAGGAAGAAGAAGAAGAAGAUUCACCAGGGUCUAGUUCUUCUAUAAAGAUAUAUGAUGAUGAUGUGAAUACAAGAUUUCUUGUUUGUGGGUUUCCCUGCACAUUGGAUGCAUGUUUAUUGGGAUCGUUAGAGGAUGGACUCAAUGCUCUCUUAUGUACCGAAAUACGUGGAUGUAAACUUCAAAGUCGGACAAGUGCGCCACCACCACCUCUCCAAGCAGGAACAUUCUCACGUGGCGUGGUGACCAUGCGUUGCGAAAUAUCCACAUGCAGUUCUGCUCAUAUAUCACUUCUAGUGUCCGGUAGUGCAGAUGCCUGUUUCAAUGAUCAGCUUUUGGAGAAUCAUAUCAAGAAAGAACUCACCGAGAAUAGUCAACUUGUCCAGGCAAUUCCUGGUCAUGAACAAAAGAAAUUAUCUUCAUAUGAACCUCGAAGAUCAGCCUCAGUUGCUUGUAGAUCUAGUGUGUUUGAAGUUUCUAUGCGUGUUCCUACAUGGGCUUCGCAGGUUCUAAGACAACUUGCAUCAAAUAUGUCAUAUCGCUGCCUAGUCAUGUUGGGAGUAGCUAGUAUUCAAGGAUUGCCUGUUGCAUCCUUUACUAAAGAUGAUUCAGAACGUCUUCUUUUCUUUUGUACUAGGCAUAAGAAAGACAACAAUUCCAAAGACAUCGUUUUCUCAGGUCAUCCUAGUUGGUUGGUGCCUCCCGCACCUAGUCGAAAAAGAUCUGAACCAGGCUCUAGUUUAGAAACUAUUAACGCUAGCGGUAUGGAAGUUGAAGAUAUUUGUAGCGUUAGACAAAAAUUAAGUUUUGCUGCAAUGAGGCCAAUCCCUCAAUCUCAUCGUCAAAAGGUUCUCCCCUUUUCUGGAUUUUCUGAGGGAGAAAGAUAUGAUGGCGACCAUGGAAAAUCAAAUCAGCUUCUUGUUCCAAUUAAGCAUAAUGGUUUAGGUCCUCAUUCAGCCACAAACAGGAAAUCAGUGUCAAACGCGUUUCAAGCUCACCAGAUAAUUUCUUUGAAUCCAAUACCGAUGAAAAAACAUGGUUGCGACAGAGCUCCAAUACGAGCUUGCUCAGAGGAGGAAUUCCUGAAAGACGUAAUGCAAUUUCUAGUCCUUCGAGGGCAUACUCGCCUCAUUCCACAAGGCGGGUUUGCCGAGUUUCCUGAUGCCGUUCUGAAUGCUAAACGCCUUGACCUUUUCAACUUGUAUAGAGAGGUUGUUUCAAGAGGAGGCUUUCACGUUGGGAAUGGUAUCAAUUGGAAAGGACAAGUUUUCUCAAAGAUGAGCAAUCACACUCUGACACACAGAAUGACAGGUGUUGGCAAUACACUCAAGAGGCAUUACGAAACAUAUCUUUUAGAAUAUGAAUUAGCUCAUGAUGAUGUAGAUGGAGAAUGCUGCUUAUUGUGUCACAGUAGUGCAGCAGGUGACUGGGUGAAUUGUGGUAUGUGUGGUGAAUGGGCUCAUUUUGGCUGUGAUCGGCGGCAGGGACUAGGAGCAUUUAAGGACUACGCCAAAACUGACGGGCUCGAGUAUGUUUGUCCGCACUGUAGCAUAUCUAAUUUCAGCAAAAAAACGCAGAAAACUACAAAUGGUUAUUAA